CCUACUGUCGGUAAGAAAUUAAAGACACAUGAUUGGUCGGAAUUCAUUUCGAGGGCUGGUUCCAACGAACGUUCACAACUUAGGUCCUUUAUACACGAGCGAAUUUUUCGUGUCAGUCGGUCCGCGAUAAACAAAAAUUAAAUCGCAGCCAUGGUGCGAAUGAAUGUUCUCAGUGAUGCUCUCAAGAGUAUUAACAAUGCUGAAAAACGCAACAAGAGGCAAGUGCUUCUGAGACCUUGCUCCAAAGUCAUCGUCAAAUUUCUUACUGUGAUGAUGAAGCAUGGUUACAUCGGCGAAUUUGAAAUUGUUGAUGACCACCGUAGUGGUAAAAUUGUUGUAAACCUUUCUGGAAGGUUGAACAAAUGUGGAGUCAUUUCUCCAAGAUUUGAUGUUCCAAUUACUGAUAUUGAGAAGUGGACGAACAAUCUCUUGCCUUCUCGUCAAUUUGGAUACGUUGUGUUGACAACCAGUGGAGGUAUCAUGGACCACGAAGAAGCAAGAAGAAAACACUUGGGAGGCAAAAUCCUAGGAUUCUUCUUUUGAAUAAUUUAUAAAAAAAAAUUAAAAAAAAAAACCUUGUAUCAAUUUUAAUUAUUGAUUUUUUAAUAAAAAAUCAGUGAAUGUUGAUGCAAAUUAACAACUA